UCCAGCCUUUCCCUGACGCCGACUCUCCCAUACUGAUGAGCCCGGGGAGCCACACACCUCCUCCCGCCUGACGUCGUCUCGCAACUGGCUGCGGUGCCUCCGCUCGUUUGCCCGUCUUGCGCAAUAAUUGCCACGGCAAAAAGCCCACGCACUGCACAACACAUCACGCAGCGGACUCGAGUGGACACGCGCCGCGGGGUGCUCACACCCUUGGAAGUGUAGCAGGUUCAUCCUCCCGGACCGCAGCAUUCCUUCCGCGGCUGAUGGUGACCGUGCGAGCGCACCCGUUCGUCGGCGUCGAUCGAUCGAGCUGAUGAUGAUGGCUGAGCCCGGCGGCGUGGACGUGUGGACUCGUCAUCAUCGUCAUCACCAGUGAGCAACAUCUGGAUCUCCCGGAGCUAUGCCCGACGUGACCGAACCGUCUUCCGCCUGCAGUCCUCAGCAUCGUCCCCCACGUCCCCCCGCUACCUGCCUGGAGCUCAUGCAAGCCUGAUUUUGGCUGUAAAAAAAAACAAAAAAAGCCCCUCAGAUACCAGAACCUUCUAAAGAAGCAUUUGGGCAACGGAAUCCAACGCCCGCCCCCCGCCCCCUUCCCUCACUCCUAACCGACGGCAGAUUGAUUUCUGCUGGAUCAUGCAGAGAAUAUUACGGUGAAUAAUAAGGAUGGAUCCGCUAAUGUGCGUUCUGGGGCUACUGGCGCUGGUCGUGGAGAGCAUCCGUUGCCAAGGAGUGUACGCGCCUCCUACGGUCCGCAUCAUCCACUCAGGGCACGCCUGCAACGUGGAGGAGGAGCGGCACACGGAGCGAGUGUACACCAUCCGAGAGGGUGAGACCCUGGAACUCACCUGCCUGGUGACGGGGCAUCCUCGGCCGCAGAUCCGAUGGACCAAGACAGCCGGCAGCGUGUCGGACCGCUUCCAGGACUCCAGCGUCUUUAACGAGACGUUGCACAUUACCAAAAUCCUGAGGACACAGGGGGGCCGCUACUACUGUAAGGCUGAAAACGGCCUGGGCUCCCCAGCCAUCAAGUCCAUUCGAGUGGACGUCUACUACCUCGACGACCCGGUGGUGACGGUGCACCAGAGCAUUGGCGAGGCCAAAGAGCAGUUCUACUACGAGAGGACUGUAUUCCUUCGCUGCGUGGCCAACUCCAACCCGCCUGUGCGCUACAGCUGGCACCGCGGCCGAGAGGUCCUGACACAGGGCUCCGACAAGGGCGUGGAAAUCUAUGAGCCCUUUUUCACGCAGCAGGGGGAAACGAAGAUCCUGAAGCUGAAGAACCUGCGACCACAGGACUACGCCAAUUACAGCUGCAUCGCCUCGGUCAGGAACGUGUGCGGCAUCCCCGACCGCAGUGUCAUAUUCAAACUCACCAACAAGACAGCCUCGCCGUCCAUCAAGCUGCUGGUGGAGGACCCCAUUGUGGUCAACCCGGGCCAGACAGUGUCUCUGGUGUGCAUCACCACCGGUGGCGAGCCUCCCCCGGUCCUCACCUGGGUCAGCGCCAACGACAGCCUGCCGCAGAGGAGCAUGGUGAAAGGGGGCACGCUCACGCUGCCCGCUAUUAGCUCGAACGAGGCAGGCGUGUACAGCUGCGUGGCCAGCAACAAUGUGGGCAACCCGGCCAAAAAGUCCACCACCAUCGUCGUUCGAGCCUUGAAAAAAGGUCGCUUCUGGAUCACUCCUGAUCCUUACCACAAUGACGACAACAUCCAGAUCGGACGGGAAGUCAAGAUAUCCUGCCAGGUGGAGGCCACGCCGCCUGAGGAGCUGACGUUCAGCUGGCUGAAGAACGGCCGUGCCCUACGCAGCUCCGAGCGCAUGGUCAUCACGCAGACGGACACUGACAUCUCACCCGGCACCACCAACCUGGACAUCAUCGACCUCAAGUUCACCGAUUUUGGCACUUACACCUGCGUGGCGGCCUUGAAGGGUGGUGGCAUCCCAGAGAUCAGCAUCGACGUCAACAUCUCCUCCACUACUGUCCCUCCUCUGUUUUUCUCUUUCUUAGUUCCCCCCAACUUGACAGUCCCCAGGGGCAAGUCCCCCUUGGUGGCCCGUGAGGGCGACACCGUGGAGCUGGAGUGCCUUGUUUCAGGGAAGCCCAAGCCCAUCAUCCUGUGGUCACGGGCCGACAAGGAGGCACCCAUGCCGGACGGGAGCGUGCAGACGGAGACGUACGAUGGCGUGCUGCGGAUCGUCAACGUGUCGCGGGAGAUGACUGGCUCGUACCGCUGCCAGACCAGCCAGUACAACGGAUUCAAUGUCAAGCCCCGGGAGGCGGAGGUGGAGCUCAUCGUACAAUACCCCCCCACAGUGGAGCCGGUGCACACGGAGAUGCGCCAGGGUCUAGGGCGGCCCGUGGUGAUGACCUGUCGGGUGCUGCGGGCGCACCCGUCCCGCGUGCUGCGAUUCGAGUGGCUGCUGUCCAACCGGCUGCUUCACGCCGGUGCCUUUGACGCCCAGCGGGACGACACAGAGUACACCAUCCGCAGUCUGAACCGUGACGGAUGGGGCGAGUACACCUGCAACGUCAUCAACGAGGCCGGGGCGGGGAGGUGCACCUUUCACGUGACAGGAAAGGCCUACGCCCCCGAGUUCUACUAUGACACCUACAGCCCCGUUAUGCAGAACCGGCCCAGAGUCUACGACUUCAAGCUCCAGUGGACCCAGAUGAACCCUAACGCCGUGGACCGCAUCGUGGCCUACAGGCUCGGCAUCAGACAGAUGGGACAGCAGCGUUGGUGGGAGCAGGAGAUUCCAGUCGACGGAUCACUCAACAAGGGACAACUCAUGACGCACAACCUGACCGAGCUCAUCAAGCCCGAGUCUUACGAGGUGCGCCUCACGCCCAUCACACGCUUCGGCGAGGGCGACUCCACAGUGCGGAUCAUCACUUACAGCGCUCCCAUCAACCCUCAUCUAAGAGAGUUCCAAUGCAGCUUCGAGGAGGAGCCCAUCUGCAUGUUCACGCAGGACAAGAACGACGACUUUGAUUGGACGAGGCACAGCGCCGCCACCCGCGACACAAAGUACACGCCCAACACGGGGCCCAGUGCCGACCGCAGCGGCUCCAAGCAGGGGUUCUACAUGUACAUCGAGACGUCGAGACCUCGCAAAGAAGGCGAUCAGGCUCGGCUCGUCAGCCCGUUCUUCAACAUCGCACCCAAGAACCCGUACAGCAUCACCAACCCACCGGCCUACUGUUUCGGCUUCUUCUACCACAUGUACGGCAAACACAUAGGAACUCUAAACGCCUUCCUGAAGCAAAAGGGCCAGAUGAGCUCAGACAGCCCCGUGUGGUCGCUAAGCGGCAACCAAGGGGAGCGAUGGAAACAGGCCAAAGUGAGCGUCCAUCCCACAGCGUCUUUCCAGGUGUUACUCGAGGGAAUCCGAGGACCGGGCAUCGAGGGAGACAUCGCCAUCGAUGAUGUCACGCUGGAGGAAGGGGAGUGUCGAGGCCCGCUGCCCGACCGCAACUCGACGGCCCCCUCCCACACCGUGCAUAUAUGGCUGCUGUGCGUCACCUUGGUGACGACCCUCCUGGAGGGUCAGAGGUGACCCCUCUGGCCGCCAUCCCAAGAGGCGAACAUUCAGACCUGCCGUCUGUGAGCUGUACCUGCGGCAUCCCCGUCACCAAAGAUCCACGCAUCCCGAAAAAGCAGCAACGCCGCCGCCGUCCUCUGGCAGAUCUCUGUUGGGACAAAAUGACAAACUGUGAUAUAUGUUGGGAAGGAAAAAAAAGACACAAAAAUAAUCAAUAGAUCAAGAUGUGCUAAUUUUUUAGAGUUGGGGAGACUCUUUAUGAGCACAAGAGGUGAGACAGUUUGUAAAGCACAAGAACAAUUUUAUGAAGAAAAAAAAUAUAUAUAUAUAUAUAUCUUUGCAAGGCGGCUGAAUAUAGAUGCUGCUGACAUUUGGAGGAGGAAAUUGAACCAGACCUUUCUCUGUGUAUCUUUAUCUUCAUUUUGCUUGUUUUUCACCCGACGCCCGACUCAAGUCGCUCUCUGCUUGGUGCUGUACUGAAGAAAACCCUUAGCAACAUUUCCCCUUCUGUCCGCUUCAAAGACGCCUCCUCCCCGAUCAUGGCUGCCUAUGUAUCUUCUUACACUGUGCUCACGCGUCCAAGCGACGGUGCAAUGGCAGAACGGACCACGCCAAGGAAGCGGCGACGGUUGGACGACACUCUGUGGCGAUGACGUCCAGUGUGAAGGUGAAGUGUGAGUGAGGCCUAACAUCAAGUCGUGUCGCUCCGCCGGACACAUAAGAAGCCACUUUUCUUUCUGCCAUGAAAACAAAGUGCCUUCCAGAUUACGACGGCGAAAUUGUGAGCUACAUGGAACACACGCGCUUCGUCCUAUGGGGCUAUUUUCUACACGUGUGUCUCUUUCGCCCCACAAGUGCUGACAACGUCGCUCUUGUGGAGUAUCGGGCUCUUCUGGUUCCGGGACACAAGUUUCGAUGUUUCGUCCUAAUGAAGGAUACAAAAAGACACUGGAAUGACUUCUUCUUCUGUUUUUAAAUCAAACAUUACCGCGAGAGUGACCGCGGCGGCGCCUCACUCGUCUCCGCCACCAUUUCUACGACAACAGAGCAAAAGAUGAUAAUAAUGAUAAUAAUAAUGUCGAUAAUAGUCAUGAUAUUUUAUUACUCCAGCGAGAAUGUUUCUCUGCUUUUACACAAACUGUGAAAUUUGACUGUCUGGAGGAUCUACCUGAGACCAUAACCUUAACCAGCGGGGAUUUUUAAGAAAUGUAUUGUCAAAAAAAAAAAAAAAGAAAGAAAGAAAACAAGAAGUAUUCUGUUCAUUGUUGCUUAUGACAAAUGCUUUGAGAA